AUGCCUCCAAAAAGAACUUUUAAACAAACCACUAAAGAGCAAAAGCUCGCAAUGGUUAUGUUUUUAGAAAAUCCAGCAAAUCAAAAUAUUAUUGAUGGAAAAGCGGUAACUGGUAUACCCAUAAGUGGUAAGCCUGUAACAAAAAAUGCAGGCUUUGCACAAAUGGCUUUAUUUGUAAAUAAACAUUGCAAGGAUAGUCAAUGGAAUGCUAAAAUAGCAAGUGAAACUCAUAGAUUAACUGAAAAUUCAGGUUGGGGUCUAACUGAACAAGAUCACACUAAUGGUAUUAAUACCAUCGAUGCAAAAUUAGAAGACUUAGAUAAUAAAGAUUAUAAUGAUAAUGAGGAUUAUAAUGAUUAUGAAAUAUUAGAUGAUCAAAAUAAAGGUAAAACAGAGAAUGGCAUAAAUGAUAUACAAAAUAAAAAAACCUUAUUAUCAUUUAUAAUGGAUGAAAUUAAUUUAGAUAGUGAUUCUGAAAAGG